UUUAGUCUCUUUAGUGAAAUAUAUUAAGAGAAUAAAAAUAUAAAUUGUAAUUGCACAAAACUACAAGGUAUGGCGUUCCAUACCCGUUUGUUUGUGGGAAACAUCCCUAAAAGUUUAAGCGAAAGUGAUUUACGCGGAGCCUUCACAAGUUAUGGGGAGAUUAUCAAUUUAGAUUUAAAACAAAAACCUGGAGCUGAGAAUGACGAAAAGCGUUUUGCAUUUAUUACUUUAUCUGCUUCAAAUUAUGAGGUUGAGUCCUGUAUAAGGAAAAUAGGAGAUGUAGAUUUUAAUGGACAAAGGUUGUAUGUAACCCGAGCAAGGGAAAGUUUCUUAGAAAGACUUCAGCGAGAGAGAGAACAAGCUAGUAAAAAAGAUGAAGAAAAGAAAGAGAAUGUAAGCCACAUAGUCAAAGAGAUUCCUACAAUUAACUUAAGUACCAAACUGAAUCCUCCAAAAAGGAAAAUUGAUGAAACCUGGACAAAAGAUAACCAUUUGAAUAACAACCCAAAAUCAUUCAAGAAAAACAUAAAUACUGAUUUUCAGUCAAACAAUAUUAAUUAUAAUUCUGGAAAUGAAAAGAAAUUAAGUUCAGAUCAGAAAAGGUUAGAAUCAUUAAAAAGGAAAAGGCAAGAGUUUAAAGAGAAAAAAAAUAUUAUUAAGACAGGAUUGGUAGGAAUUGAUAAAGUGCCCAAUAAAAAAGUAAUAUUUUCUGAUGAUGCGGGAGAAACCAACUUACAUAACAAUGGUUCAACUAAUCAAGAGAAUAUUAAUGACCAACCCAAGAAUAGAAAGAAUGUGUUAUUUGAUGAUGAAGAUAGUGAUACAGAAGUUACAUUUGAAAUAAAAAAACAAUUUGAAGGGAAAAAAGGACAAAAGGUUUUAGAUUUACAAUCUAGGUUUAAAUCUGACAAACGUUUUACAUUAGAUGAAAGGUUUAUUGAUGAUCAAUCUGAUGAUGAAAAGAAUGAAGAAAAAGAUACAGUGGAUGAUGACAGAGUUGAUGUUGGACAAGUUGAUGAGAAAUCAAAACAACUGAACAUUUUACAAGAUGUACUUGGUGUUACUAUUAAAACUCACAAUUCUGAAUAUGUCCAGAAAACAAAACCUAAGCUUGGUAUGCUGAGGUAUGAUCCAAUGCAUCCAGAACAUGCUAAAUUCUUAGCGCCACCAGCUGCCACACAAGAAAUACCAAAAAAGGCAAAGAACUCAAAGAAAUCCAAGGAAACUCCAAUAGAACCCCCGCCACCUGUAAUUGUAGAAAAUGUUGAAGUCUCUAAAGAACAAUUUUAUUCAGUCAGUGAUACAUUAAAAGAAGCACUGGUUCAACCUACGACAUUUAGUUUACGUGAUUUAUUUGGUAAAAAUGAAAAUAAUGAUAAAGAAGUUGUUGAAGAAAGUGCAGAUUAUAUACCUUUGCCAAAAGAAAAAGAGAAGAAAUCCAGAAACCCCCUUGAUAUUGGUGAAAGAAAUCCAUUUGUGUAUGACUCUUCUGAUUCUGAAGAUGAGGGAAAAGAAAAAGAAAAAGAGGUUCAACUUCCAGAAGAAAAGCAGGAGGUUAAAGCAGUUUGGAGAGAAAAUUUAUUCUUCUCUAAAGAUGAUAGUAGACUCAGAGAAGGAUUACUCUUCUUCAGCAAGUGUGAAGAAAGUGAAGGGAAAAAAGAGAGAAGAGGUCUUAAAACUGUUAUGAAGAAAAGAAUAUACAAUAAAGAAAGAAAGAACCAAAUGUUUAAAAAGAAAAUUGGUGGCAGGCAGAAGUCUAUGAAAAAUAAUAUUAGGAAA